AUGAAUCGUGGAGCCAAGAGUGUAGGGAGUGCCAGACUUCGGCAGAUUGGGACCAGAAGCAGCCAGAGGAGGACUAACAAGGUCAGGACAGAUCAGGAGGUAAAGGUGGUGAUUGGGGGUUUGAAGAGCAGACCAUCCAGAGCCAAACCCGUCAGAGGGUACCGCUCAAAGAAAGAAAAGGUUAAAGAGAGUGCUUAUCAGGAUCAUUUUUUGCCAGAGGCUCAGGAUGAUGGCUGCAUUUCCGAGUCAGGAAAGUCCUUUUUGGGUGUUAGGGAGAACAAAACUCUCAAAAAAGUACCUAUUACACCUGGUAGUUCCACAUGGACUGAGUUCGACAUUGUGACCCCCAAAAAAGAAGACCUAAAGAUUAUAAAAGAAGCUCAAGCAGCUGGAUGUAGUGCCAGUCGUCCAGCAGAGCAAUGCACAGGAAGUGAGCCAACCAAACCAAAAGCUAUAAAAGUACAGAGAUCUUGCAAGCAGAAGAGCAGGAGAUUUACAAAGACCUUUCCAAAAAUACAUAGAGCCAAAGAUCACAAGCCCUGCUCUCUGGGACUCUACUGUUCUAUAUGUGAGAAGGAACUACUUCCUGUGGCACAUGGUAGUUCCUGAGAAAACCCUGUAAUGUGUUUACUACAGCUA